UUAUUUCUCAACCUUACAAAAGGAAACCUCCCUCACUAGCUAGCUCAAAUUUCCCGCUACAAGAAGAAGAGCCUAGCCUCAACUCAACCGCUCUCUCCAUAAAAUCCAGGGUUUCACUUCUUGCAGUUAGGGCUUCUCGGAGGUUUUUCUCUCUACUGCACUUCUCAUAAACUUCUCAAAAACAUGGCCGCUGCUUUCAGUGCUCUCUCCCUCUCUCCGUACACUCUCGUAUGCCGCCAUAACUCUACCAAACAUUCCAUUUCCUGCUCUACUGCCUCUCCUACUACCACUACUAUAGGCAGUAGAGGAACGAAAGCGCCGCCGCGGCAUAAGAGGAGUGAAAGAAUGGAAGGGGCAGGGAAAAGUAUGGAAGAUUCGGUGAAAAGAAAAAUGGAGCAGUUUUAUGAAGGGUCUGAUGGUCCGCCGUUGCGAAUUGUUCCAAUUGGUGGCUUGGGUGAGAUUGGGAUGAAUUGUAUGCUUGUUGGGAAUUUCGAUCGAUAUAUUUUAAUUGAUGCCGGUGUUAUGUUUCCUGAUUAUGAUGAGCUUGGAGUGCAAAAGAUUAUACCUGAUACCACAUUUAUCAGAAGAUGGAGACACAAAAUUGAAGCAGUUAUUAUAACACAUGGUCAUGAAGAUCACAUUGGCGCGUUGCCUUGGGUUAUUCCAGCUUUGGAUCAUCACACUCCAAUUUAUGCAUCAUCCUUUACAAUGGAGCUCAUCAAGAAACGUUUAAAGGAGAAUGGGAUCUUUGUUCCAUCAAGACUUAAGGUGUUUAAAACGAAGAGGAAAUUUGCAGCUGGGCCUUUUGAAAUAGAGCCUAUCAGGGUGACCCAUUCUAUUCCAGAUUGUUGUGGACUGGUCCUUCGCUGUGCUGAUGGUACAAUUCUUCACACUGGGGACUGGAAGAUUGAUGAGUCACCAUUGGAUGGAAAAAAAUUUGAUCGUGAAACUUUAGAGGAACUCUCAAAAGAAGGAGUUACAUUGAUGAUGAGUGACUCAACAAAUAUACUGUCACCUGGAAGGACAAUUAGUGAAAGUGUGGUAGCUGAUGCAUUAUUGAGACGUAUUUCAGCUGCUAAAGGAAGGAUUAUCACUACUCAAUUUGCAUCAAAUAUACACCGUCUUGGAAGUGUGAAAGCAGCUGCUGAUUUGACUGGUAGAAAGAUGGUCUUUGUUGGCAUGUCAUUGAGGACAUAUUUGGAUGCGGCGUGGAAGGAUGGAAAGGCACCGAUUGAUCCAUCCACUCUGGUUAAAGUGGAAGAUAUUGAUGCUUAUGCCCCAAAGGAUCUGCUAAUUGUCACAACUGGAUCACAAGCAGAGCCGCGUGCAGCACUCAAUCUUGCGUCAUAUGGAAGCAGUCAUGCCUUAAAACUGAACAAGGAAGAUGUUAUUCUAUAUUCAGCUAAGGUAAUCCCUGGCAAUGAAUCUAGGGUAAUGAAAAUGAUGAAUCGCAUAUCAGAGAUUGGCUCAACUAUAGUAAUCGGUAAGAAUGAGCUGCUUCACACGUCUGGUCAUGGGUAUCGUGGAGAACUGGAGGAAGUGCUUAAAAUUGUGAAGCCACAACAUUUUCUUCCCAUACAUGGAGAACUUUUGUUUUUGAAAGAACAUGAACUGCUUGGGAAAUCAACUGGCAUUCAGCACACUACUGUUAUCAAGAACGGAGAGAUGCUUGGGGUUUCUCACUUGAGGAACAGAAGAGUUCUAUCCAAUGGUUUUGUCUCCCUUGGGAAGGAAAAUUUACAGUUGAUGUACAAUGAUGGGGAUAAGGCAUUUGGCACAUCAACUGAGCUUUGUGUUGAUGAGAGAAUGAGAAUUGCAACAGAUGGUAUUGUAGUGGUCAGCAUGGAAAUUUUACGCCCUCAAAAUGCAGAUGGGCUAGUUGAAAAUAGCUUAAAAGGAAAAAUUAAAAUCACAACACGCUGCCUAUGGCUGGACAAAGGGAAGCUUUUGGAUGCACUCCACAAAGCUGCCCAUGCUGCACUUUCAAGCUGUCCAGUGAAUUGUCCUUUAGCUCACAUGGAAAGAACAGUAUCUGAGGUGUUGAGAAAGAUGGUAAGGAAGUAUAGUGGUAAAAGGCCAGAAGUCAUUGCCGUUGCCAUGGAGAACCCAGCGGCUGUUCUUUCUGAUGAACUCAAUGCAAAGUUAUCUGGCAAUUCACAUGUUGGCCUUGGUAUAUCAGCAUUGAGAAAAAUGGCUGACGGGCAUAAAAAAAAAAUUCAGGUGGACAGGAAGCAACCUGAUGGAAAUGGCUAUGCAAAUUUAGAGAAAACAUCAACACAAAAUUCAGAAGUUGAUGGUUUUGAAUUUGAAAGAGAGCUAUCUAAGGAAGAGGAGACUUCUUCAAGUCCUAGCUUAGCUGAAGGACAUUCCUCUGACUCUGAAAAUCAAGAUGAUUUCAGGAAAUCAUUCAUUCCACCAUCCCCAGUCAAUGAAUUGGUAAAAAGUGAUGAAGACUUGGUUCCACCAUGGGAGCAUGUAAAUGAGCUCAAGGAAGAUGGUACCAUAAGCAGUGAUGAUGACUCGUUGGAAAAUCAAAAUUCUAGAUCGAAGGGUUCCAAACCUGUAAAACGGAACAAAUGGAAACCUGAGGAGGUUAAGAGUCUUAUUAAAAUGCGUGGGGAAUUACAUAGUAGAUUUCAAGUUGUAAGAGGUAGAAUGGCUCUGUGGGAAGAGAUAUCUACUAACUUGAUGGCUGAUGGGAUCAAUCAUAGUCCAGGACAGUGCAAAUAUUUAUGGACAUCUCUUGCUAAAAAAUAUGAGGAAAGCAAGAGUGACAAGAAAAGCCAAAAAAGUUGGCCCUAUUUUGAAGACAUGGAUAAUAUUUUAUCUGAUUCAGAGACAAUGGCAACAAAAUGAUCGGAAGAGGCGGGGAAACAGUGCAUUGAGUUUUCUUGAAGAGCUUUCAACAGCCUCUUGUACAGGCAAAGCUAGGCGAUGAAGACCGCAGCGGGUCGACUAGAAUAAUCACUAUGAGGGAUUUGCAGUUAUAAUACAAGCAGGAAACCGAGCUGUUCUGAAGCCUCAUGACCGAUAUGCAAACUAUCUGAUCAGAGAGGCCCGCAAUGACAAACAAGAAAUGAAAUAGUUUUGUAGCCACAAGCUCCUCCAAAAAUUGGUUAGCAGAUAUACUAAAGAAUAGGGACUGUGAUAUUUUUUUUUUUUUACUUUGGAGGACGUUUAGCAUUUGUAAGAUUUGAUGCAACUCAACAGUUAAAACUGCUUAUUAGCCAAACUUACGCAGGUUUAAAUUCCCAGAAGUUUUUCUCAGCUUCUGGGUGUGUUUUUGCCAGUUUCUUUUAUUCAAUUGAAAGAAUUUAGCACC